AUGGCUGCCGCUGAGGUCCCUGUCCCUUCUGAACACUUCACCCAAAUCAAAGAGCAGAAGUUGAAACCUGGAGACCUGGAAAAGGAGGAGGGUGGGGUACAAAGAAUGGAAGCCCAGGAGGGUGCUGUCGAGGCAGAGGCUGCACCUUGCCAGCUUCAGGGUGCCGGGCCUCAGAAAGAUCAGCCUGAGCUGCCUUUGUGGGUCCCGUUGGAGAGCGAUAGGCGGAUCCUGACCCUGCAGGCAGUGCACCUGACCUCCCAGGAAGUGCACCUCCAGGGCCUCGGAUGGCUGAGUGUGCCACACGCGGAGGAGUUUCCAGUGAUGAUGCCACAGGCAGAAAGCUUACUUCCAUUGCCUUCUGUGCUGUGGCUGGAACAAGAGCCCCAGCCCAGCCUUCAGCACUGUGUGGCCAUCAGCAUCCCAGAAGAGCUGUACCCACCUGAGGAGGUGGAGCUGACGCAUUUUCACCUGCUGCGGGACAGCGCCCCGGUGGCUGAGGAGGACCAAGAAUUGACGCCAAACUUGGGUGAAAGCACAGCCCUGACCAAGUUGGAAGACAGUGAGAAGGGCCAACUGUUACCAGAGGGAGGGCCAGAUGAGGAAGGAGACGAAAGAUUCCUUUCUGUGGAAAUGGCACCAGAAGAUGAAGGGAAAGAUGGAUUCGUUGUGACCAUUUCCCACCUCAGCCUAGAGGAACAGCAAGAUCAGCCAGCGCCAAAGCAGACAAGUGUGCCGGAAGCUGAGACCACAAAACCUCCGCAGAAAGCCAAGGGAAAACCCCGAACUUUCCACUGCGAGGCCUGCCGAUUCACAUCUUCCAAAUUCUCAACUUUCGCUCGUCACAUGAAAGUUCACAGUGAAGAGAGACCUCACCUGUGCCACCUGUGCCUGAAGGCUUUCCGCACCGUCACCCUCCUUCGGAACCAUGUCAACACCCACACAGGAACCAGGCCCUACAAGUGCGGGGACUGUGACAUGGCGUUUGUCACCAGCGGAGAACUGGUCCGGCACAGACGUUACAAACACACUCAUGAGAAGCCUUUCAAGUGUUCCAUGUGCAAGUAUGCCAGUGUCGAGGCAAGCAAGCUGAAGCGCCACAUCCGCUCACACACAGGCGAGCGUCCCUUCCAGUGCUGCCAGUGUGCUUAUGCCAGCAAGGACACCUACAAGCUGAAACGCCAUAUGCGUACCCACUCAGGUGAGAAGCCUUAUGAAUGCCCCACCUGCCAUGCCCGGUUCACACAGAGUGGGACCAUGAAAAUCCACAUGGCACAAAAGCACGGAGAGAAUGUGCCCAAACACGAGUGUCCUCACUGUGCUACCAUCAUUGCAAGGAAGAGCGACCUGCGUGUCCAUCUGCGCAACCUGCACACCCAUAGCCCUGUGGAGGUCAAGUGCCGAUACUGCCCCGCUGGCUUCCACGAGCGCUAUGCCCUCAUUCAGCACCAGAGGACCCAUAAGAACGAGAAGAAAUUCAAGUGCAAACAGUGUGAUUACGCAUGCAAGCAGGAGCGGUGCCUGACGGCGCACGUGCGAACCCACACUGGAGAGAAGCCCUUCUCGUGUCUCGACUGCAACAAACACUUCCGGCAGAAGCAGCUGCUUACUGUGCACCAGAGGAAGUACCAUGAUCCGAGCUUCGUCCCCGUUGUUCAUCUAUGCUUCAAGUGUGGCAAAAGCUUUUCCCGCUGGAGUAACCUGCAGAGACACAGGAAGAAGUGUGACCCAGAGCAUGCAAAGUUGGCCGCCUCCAAAAAAGGAAAACCAGAGCAGAGGAAGCAGGCCAUGGAGGAAGGACUGGCGUGGGACAACAAAAAUACUGCUGCCCAGGAGAGCAAUACUGCGAAGGAGGCACAGUGCCCUGGGGAGCUGAUUCUGAGCCACGGUGGCAAAAAUGCAGCCAGGAGCGAGAGCCUGGAUGAGGGCCUGACCUGCGAGAUGAUCUUUGACAUGAUGGAUAAGUAA